AUGCUCUCUCAACAGUCCCUCAACACGUUUACCGAGCCCCCGGUCGAAAUGGCCCGGGAGCGAAACCAGACUUCCUUCAACCCGCGUCUGCUGACGUACUUUCUGGACGGAGGCGAAAAGAACACUCUGCUUAUGGACCGACUGAUGCAAGAGUACGAGCGAGACCCUGUGUUUCGAAACGAGGGCGACUACGAUAUUACCGAUGUGGCCCAGUCGCGAGAGCUGGCCUUCAAGCGAAUCGCCAAGCUCAUCGAGUAUGUGCACACCGACGACGAGGAGACGUAUCUGUACCGAUGCAUGCUUCUGGGCCAAAUCGAUAUGGGAGCCUUUGCCCGGUACGCCAUCCACCACGGAGUCUGGGGCGGUGCCAUUCGAGGUGCAGGAACGCCUGAGCAGUACGAAUUCUGGGUCAAGAAAGGAUCUCUGUCGGUUAAGAAGUUCUAUGGAUCCUUCUCCAUGACCGAGCUGGGCCACGGCAGUAACUUGGUGGGUCUGGAGACCACCGCCACCCUGGACAAGAACGCAGACGAGUUCGUGAUCAACACUCCCAACGUUGCUGCCACUAAAUGGUGGAUCGGAGGAGCCGCCGAUACCGCCACUCACACAGCUGUGUUUGCACGUCUCAUUGUCGACGGAGAGGACCACGGUGUCAAGACGUUUGUGGUGCAGCUGCGAGACGUGGAGACUCACAACCUGAUGCCUGGUAUUGCUAUCGGAGACUGCGGCAAGAAGAUGGGACGUCAGGGAACCGACAACGGCUGGAUCCAGUUCACCCAUGUGCGAAUUCCCCGACAGAACAUGCUCAUGCGAUACUGUCACGUGGACAGCGACGGAAAUGUUACCGAGCCCAUGAUGGCUCAGAUGGCCUACGGAGCUCUUCUGGCUGGCCGAGUCGGAAUGGCCAUGGACAGUUAUUUCACCUCGCGAAAGUUCCUUACCAUUGCUCUUCGAUAUGCCACCAUUCGACGAGCUUUUGCUGCCGGAGGAGGUCAGGAGACCAAGCUGAUCGACUACCCUUACCACCAGCGACGUCUGCUCCCCCUCAUGGCCCAGACAUAUGCCAUCAAGUGCACCGCCGAUAAGGUCAGAGAUCAGUUCGUCAAGGUCACCGACAUGCUCCUAAACCUCGAUGUUUCUGACCAAGAGGCCGUGCCCAAGGCCAUUGCCGAGGCUAAGGAGCUCUUCUCUGUUUCUGCUGGUGUCAAGGCUACCACAACUUGGGCUUGCGCACACACCAUUGACCAGUGCAGACAGGCGUGUGGAGGCCACGGAUACUCUGCUUACAACGGUUUUGGACGUGCUUACUCCGAUUGGGUGAUCCAGUGCACCUGGGAGGGAGACAAUAACAUUCUGUGUCUGUCAGCUGGCAGAGCUCUGGUCCAGUCUAACCGAGCUGUCCGGGCUGGCAAGCCCAUUGGAGGUCCUACCGCCUACCUGGCUGCUCCCGCUGGUUCCCCCAAGCUCGCUGGUCGAAACUUGUACGACCCCAAGGUCAUGAUUGGGGCCUGGGAGACUGUUUCCCGAGCUCUGAUCAACCGAACCACCGAUGAGUUUGAGGUGCUGGCCAAGAAGGGUCUGUCUACUGCCCAGGCCUACGAGGAGCUGUCCCAGCAACGAUUCCUGUGUACUCGAAUCCACACCCGUCUGUACAUGGUCAAGAACUUCUACGAGCGAAUUGCCGAGGAGGGCACCGAGUUCACCAAGGAGCCUCUUACCAGACUUGCCAACCUGUACGCCUUCUGGUCCGUCGAAGAGGAGGCUGGAAUCUUCCUCCGAGAGGGCUACAUCACUCCCCAGGAGCUCAAGUACAUCAGUGCCGAGAUCCGAAAGCAGCUCUUGGAGGUGCGAAAGGACGUCAUUGGCUACACCGAUGCCUUCAACGUGCCUGAUUUUUUCCUCAACUCUGCCAUUGGACGAGCUGACGGAGAUGUCUACAAGAACUACUUCAAGGUGGUCAACACUCAGAACCCUCCCCAAGACCCUCGACCUCCUUAUUACGAGUCUGUCAUUAGACCCUUCCUGUUCCGAAAGGACGAGGAUGAGGAAAUUUGCUCUCUUGAGGAUGAGUAG